AUGGAAGCUAAGAUCGAACGCUUACUUCGUUUCGAGUUGUUCAUCCCAUUCUGGCUUCACCUGGAACGUAGCCGGUUUUACGUUGAUAUUGCCGACGGCGACUUGGGACUCACUGUCGCCGUUCAAUCAAACGAUGAUCUCCAGAGGAUGACGUGUUCUAGUGAAAUGAAGCUACCUCCAGCCAUUUGGCUUAAGCUCAUGCGAAUUGCCAAAGACGAUGGCGCAUUCGCUCCGAUCGACGUCGACUCACUAGAUUCCUUUCCUAUGGAUCUGUGCAGUCGCGUCGUUCCUCGCAUAAUGAGCACAUUUAAAGACACAGAAUCAUGCCUUUACUUCGAAAAUGCAGCUUCAGCCUACUUCAACGACGAAUUGGCAGCCAACUUGCUGAACAUACUUUCGGCGUUUGAUGUAUUGACCGAUAAAACAUCUUUUCCUUCGACCUUUAAGCUUACGCUAGCUUUCAUUCGAUAUCUACUUCAUC